UGAAGUUCAGGGUAGGUAAAGGUGAAGAAAUAAAUUACUCAAUUGUACCGACGGACUAGGCAGCAGCAGGCGGAGGAGGAUUGGAAUUGGAGUGGGUUGAGACUUGAGAAUGGCUUUCACAGCUCCUGCUGCUUCCCAGAUAAUAGCAAAGCUUAAUCUCCAACCCCAUCCAGAAGGCGGCUUCUUCACCGAGACUUUCAGGGACACAUCCAUCAUUCUCUCCAGAUCUCAUCUUCCUUGUCAAUAUAAAGUUGAUCGUGCUGUGAGUACAAAUAUAUACUUUUUGAUGCCAUCUGGGAAUGUCUCUCACCUCCAUCGUAUUCCAUGUUCGGAAACCUGGAAUUUUUACUUGGGAGAACCUCUUACGGUAGUGGAGAUGAAUGAGGCAGAUAGCAGUGUUAAGUUAACAGAACUUGGAUCUGAUAUAAUACAAGAGAAUCAAGUACUCCAGUAUACAGUGCCGCCAAAUGUGUGGUUUGGUGCAUUUCCAACCAAGGAUUUCAACAUCACAACAAACAAUACUGUUGAGAAAAAUCCACCAAGAGAUGCCGAGAAGCACUUUUCUCUUGUUGGAUGCACAUGUGCUCCAGCCUUUGAGUUUGUUGACUUUGAACUGGCAAAAGGUUCUGAUCUCAUUUCACAAUUUCCUGCUCACAGGGACCUUGUUUCAUUACUCACCCUCCCUGGGUAAUGCGAGAUUGAAGUUGCUCUGAGUUCUAUAUAAACAGAACUUUAUUUUUGUUGUAUAUCUUAUCCCCGUUUAAGAAAAACCUUUGUACAAUUAUGGAAAAACAAGCAAACUUGAGUGCUAUCUAGUACUAUUCUUGAUCA